AUGUGUUUAACAGGUACACAAGCUGAAUGUCCUGUUCAGCUCAACCCACAGAGAGCUGUUGUGAGAUACGGCGGUUCUGUAGCAGUUAACUGUAGCACUUCAGUCUCACAUAAAGGGAUGGGAUGGGAAGCCAGUGAGGGAGCCGUGCCCAUGACCACAGACAGUCUGAUCACAUGGAGAGUGUCAAAUCUGAUAGAAUGGGACAUACAGCCAUUCUGCUACAUAAACCAUGAGGAACAGUGUCAAGUAGAGCUCCCAGUCACUAUUUACAAGACUCCAGACAGUGUGUCCAUCAGCAUUGUAGAUCACAGCGGACCAAUGAUAGAGGGAAAGCAGUAUGAGCUCCAGUGUGAUGUUCACGAUGUGGCUCCAGUUCAGGAUCUCACUGUCAAAUGGUACAAAAGACAGACUCUGCUGAAUCAAACCACCUUCACUGACGCUAGCAAGACUCCAGUGAAUGAAACCACCACACUACUCCUGAUCCGUCCAGACAGAGCUGAUGAUGGAGCUCAAUACAGGUGUGAAGCAGUGCUGGAACUGGGAGCAGAAGGACCUCAACCUCCUCCAAAAGAAACAUCAGGACGUCUUAAUGUUGAGUUGUACUAUAAACCAAAACACUUCAAUUCAACAGAGACCAUCAUUAAAAACGACGAGGUCACACUAAACUGUACAGUGAAGGCAAACCCGGCUCCUACGUACACAUGGCACUCAGAGCAUCUGAAAGAGGAGAUCAGCUCCUCAGUGCUCCAGUCCUCCACAGUCCUCCUCAGUCCAGGAAACUACACGUGCACCACCACAAACUCUCUGGGAAGUGACAGCAAAGUGUUCAUCAUCAAAUCUGAGCAAGCAGACAGAACCACAUUCUGGGCUAUUGUUUUAUCCGGCGUGGCGGUGGCACUGGUGUUAAUCGCCACUUAUGUGAUAUUCAAGAUCAGGUGUUCCAACAAUUCUGUCAUUUGAUGGACAAGAGAUGACGCCAAAGGGGUACAUUCUCCUCAGGGAGAUCAUGAAAAACUUCUUAUGGGUUAUUCUUUAACGGAAUAGGCUAGUUCACCCAAAAAUAAAAAUUUGCUGAAAAUAUAAGUCCAU